AUGACUUUGUGUAAACUACCUUCCGUCGCAAGCAGUUUAAACCGCACAGAGUCAGUGGAUACAUGCUCGCCUCAAGAGAGUGGUUCAACUGUCGUCAAGAGUCGUGCCGGAAAAUCGCCGUUUCCAACUGUACGCACUACAAACCGCACAGAGGCAGUGGAUAAAGCCUCGCCUCAAGAGAGUGGUUCAACUGUCUUCAGGCGUCGUGCCGGAAAAUCGCCGUUUCCAACUGUACGCACUACAAACCGCACAGAGGCAGUGGAUAAAGCCUCGCCUCAAGAGAGUGGUGCAACUGUCUUCAGGAGACGUGCUGGAGAAUCGUCGUUUCCAACUGUACGCACUACAAUUCGCACAGAGGCAGUGGGUAAAGCCUCGCCUCAAGAGAGUGGUGCAACUGUCUACAGGAGACGUGCUGGAGAAUCGUCGUUUCCAACUGUACGCACUACAAUUCGCACAGAGGCAGUGGGUAAAGCCUCGCCUCAAGAGAGUGGUGCAACUGUCUUCAGGAGACGUGCUGGAGAAUCGUCGUUUCGAACUGUACGCACUACAAACCGCACAGAGGCAAUGGGUAAAGCCUCGCCUCAAGAGAGUGGUGCAAAUGUCUUCAGGAGACGUACUGGAGAAUCGUCGUUUCCAACUGUACGCACUACAAUCCGCACAGAGGCAGUGGGUAAAGCCUCGCCUCAAGAGAGUGGUUCAACUGUCGUCGAGAGUCGUGCUGGAGAAUCGCCGUUUCCAACUGUACGCAGUACAAACCUCACAGAGGCAGUGGGUAAAGACUCACCUCAAGAAAGUGAUCCAACUGCUCCCGUGAAUGAUGUCAAGGAUUCGGCGAAGUGUUCCAAUAGUGGGUAA